UCUGAGUGCAAAGUGUAACCGGAAGUGUAGUUCGUUGGUUUUGAAGUCUCAGUUAGACAUGGCGGCGACUGCAGCACCAGGGGUCCCCGAGAAAACGCCUAAAUCAUCGCAGUCAGCAUUUGUGCCCUUUGACUUUUCUGAGCCUCCGAUUAUCGAAGGCUUCAACCCUUUGUCAAAAAUCAAAGAUGAGACCCUCAAAGAAAAGUUCGUUAGAAAAACUAAGGAGAACCCAUUCGUCCCACUAGGUUGUUUGGGAACAGCAGCAGCGCUGAUUUAUGGCCUUCGUGCCUUCAAUCAAGGGAAAACCAGACAGUCCCAGCUGUUGAUGAGGGGACGAAUCUUUGCUCAAGGCUUCACUGUAGUUGCUAUUAUUUUUGGCGUCUUUACUACAACUAUGAAGCCCAAGCCAUGAAGAUGGACCAAUCCCACACCUCUGCUCAUUCAACUCGGCAUCAGACCAGAUCCAACUGGGAACUGGACUGAUUCUAACAAUCUAAAUGAACUGAAUAUUUUAUUAUGUUUUCAGCAUUGGUUGGGUACAACAAUGCUAAUGCAAACACUAUUUAUUGUUAUGAAUUGCUCAUGGCGAUAAAUUAUUUAUCAUUGUGCUGAUUAUAGCACAAAGUAUAAUCGGCUCCUUACCAGCAAGUUGGAUUUUUACUUCUAUUGUUGAAACAAAAAAUGCUGAUAAAUAUAAAUUAUAUGAUUCUUGCAAUACUGGAAGGUUAGAUUUAAAAUGUUACCUUGUAUUGUUACUGAAAUGAUCAACGUAACACCUGAUAAAAAAACUUUAAUUUGAA